AUGCGGCAACCUUUUUUCCCUCGUCCAUUCCGUAUCACCCAAUAUGAAGGCUCUGUUGAUACUACCGACACCCCUCGAAAACGUCGCCGUAUCACAAAAGGCUCUGGAUCCGAUUCGUAUGUGCCCACAGGUGACGAUCUGUCUAUGCAUCGUAUGGAGGCGACCCUUCGGCUGCAGACUUGCUGGUGGUCCUUGGCGGAUAAGUACUCUACACCGUUGGACAAGGACGAUGAGGUCGACUUGUUUACGGGUCAAGUCGUACGUGAUCGAGGAUUUAUCCGAGGCAUGGAAAGAGUAUAUGAGCUCGGAGAUCUCUUAGAAGGGAGUUGUUUGGGUGACGAUGAAUAUGCUGAGGGUAGUGAGGGUGGUUAUUCCGUGGGAGGGGAUGGCGGUUCAUACAAUAUUCGACGUUCGUACUCGUCCGCCGUCGAUAGUCAAGAUGAUACUUCGGAGGAUGAGGUCGCGCUGUCGGAGGACUUAUCCGAAGACGAGCUCGGAUCUUGGGGCGAAUACUCCGGUUUGGACUAUCAAUAUCGUGUCGUCCCUCCACUAUCAGCACAGAUGGAUUCUGAAGACGAACGAGACUUGCGGGAGUUCGAGGAGGCAGAAAAGGCGCUACGGGAAAAGUUUGGACACGACUAUCUGGAGGACCACCUCAGUGGAGAGGAGCUUCUCGAUACCGCUUCAGAUGAUCUCAGCGAUAGACGGCUGAGCGACGACGAAAUGACAUCGUAUUCCGUCUGGUCGGAGGACGAAUUUUCGACAUUUGAAUUGGGGGAAGGCAGCGCUGUUCGGAUAAUUGACGAUUCUGAUGAUUCGGACGAGCUCAACUCAUUUCUGGACUGAAGAUGAGGAAUAUUUGUAGGGGCAGUCAUCGGCACUGCCGCGAAUUUAUUUGUAGGUUGUUGACUGAGGGCCCGUGAUCUGGGCAAGCCGUCCAAUCCAGUAGAUGUUCACGAAUUUUACAGGGGCGAUUUAC